AAUUUCUUUGCUGUGCUUGAUUUGUUUUGUCUAAGAUUUUAUCAAAAGGAAAAAGGCCGAGAACAUAAUAUAUAUUAUGCAAACAUGAAUGAUUUGCUACCGUGGUAUUUUAGUGUUUGACGUUGUACAUAAAAGACUAUUACGAUUCAUUGAGUGAUGAGUUUAAGUUAGUAGAAGUGAAUAAAAAUAGGCGUUGUCCAUAUCAGUAAAUAAAGAUGAAAAUAAAUGAAAAGAAUUUGGGUGCAUUUGCAUCGUCCACGACUCCAGUGGACCGCGAGGGAUGGCUAGACAUGCGAGGUGAAAUAGGUAAAAGUUACCAACGACGAUGGUUUACCCUGAAAGGAAACUUACUAUUUUAUUUCGACAAGAAAGCUGACAAGGAUCCAGUUGGAGUAGUUAUACUUGAAGGAUGUACAAUCGAAUUGACAGAGGAGGAAGCUUACAGUUUUAAAAUAGUAUUCCAAUGUGAGGGAGGCAGGACAUACUACCUGUGUACAAACUCGCAGGCAUCCAUGGAGGCAUGGAUGAAGGCACUCGCCUGCGCCAGCUAUGACUACAUGAAGCUCAUGGUGGCCGAGUUGCAAAGACAGCUGGAUGAAGUGCAAGAGGAAGCGGCUGAAGCAGCGGCUAUGAUCACCAUAAGUCCACCAGAGCGUGAACCAAAGGUGCCGCCGCGCGGGCAGCGUUACAACCCCUUCAAUCGCGUUCCCGACGGUGAGGCUAAGGACGGCAAGUCCGUACCUGGCAGUAGACAUCACAAGGAGAGCGUGAGGUGUGAGGCUCCGCGCAAGAAGGUGCCGUUCCGCGACAUACACACGGCGCACGGACGUAAGAUCCUCGCGCACCGCAGCGAGUGGCGCGCGCGCCGCAGACACGCACGGCACGCGCCACCCGCACCGCCCGCACCUCCCGCACCACCCGCACCUCCCGCACCUGACCUCCCGCUCAUACAACUCUGAGCUCAUAUCACAAAAUAGUGUACGGUAAGAACAGAAUAGUUCCUCAUUUACUGAUAGUUCAUGACUGAAGGAAGUUUUCAAUUUAUCUGUGUUUUAGCUGUCUUCUCUUAUAUGGAUAGUGUCUUAUUAUGUUUCGUACCAGUUUUUUUAAACUAUUAGGGUUAAUUUAAGAUGAUUGUUUUAUAAGACAUAUUAAAUGGUAUUUCUCAACACAACUAUCCGGUAAAUUCUCGAAUAUAAAUACGUAAAUAUUAAUUAUAGAGAAUAAUAAAAAUGGAAUGUGUGUAACACGAACAUACGUUGUUUAUAACACACACACUCACACACGUAUUUGCGUUGUUUGUAACGAAAAGUCUAUUUUUUCAAGUUUCAUCUGUGUUUGUACUCAAGCCAAGCUCGUUCAGGCAGCGGCUGCACAGAUUUUGUAGUGAUUUUUAGUGGACAGUAGUUAAUGUGUCUUAUUUUCGCUAUUUCUAUUUAUUUUACCCUGACUAUAUCGCCGCUAGUAUUUUAAUAAGAUAAAUUAUUUUAACAUUGGAAUUGUAAGCCUUGCAGGAUUGUUGUAAAUAGAUUUUUUAAUAGCCAAGAAUUUAUUCCUUUUUAAAACGCUUGGCGUAUUUUAAGUACAUAUAAGAUGUUAGUUAUUUUGUUUUAAAUAAUUUAUUUUUAAUUUUUGUAUACAAUUUA